GAAUCUGGCACCUUCGGAGUUUCUCGAGGAAAAAAUGGCAGACGUCACUGUAAGACAAGCAGUCGAAUACCUUGGGAGGUACUCGGAAGAUAGUGAGGACAGCAGCGGAAUGAGUGGGAGUGAUGUUUUUGUCACAGUCAGGACGACGGGCUGACGGGAGUCCCGUCUGUAAGGGAUGCGACGUUGUGCAACAAGACAAAUCGACCGGUCGGGAGGACUUGGGAGAAAAGGAGAAAAAAUGAUGCUUGAAAGAGGAGUACGGGAACUGCACCCGGGGCAAGCACAAUGGUGUGUUUGCGAUGUCGAAUGGGUACCUCGGAGACUCACGGACCGAAGAUUCUGUAAUGCCAGUUCACCGGUCUCGACCAGUCUUUGAUUGUCUUUGCGUCGCGGGAACUACACCCGGCGUCAACUUGGUUUGCAUUCUUCACCGUCCUGAAGAAUGGACAAUUUCGGACAUUUUCCUAUGUCGGUAGCAUAUGAGACUUGAGACUCGGGAUAGGAGGCGAAAUAGGCAGGUGUCGAUACGGG